CUGUAUCCCGCGGGUAUGAGGGUUUAUGUGCUACGUAGCGCUGCGUAGUUCAAUCUUAUCCGGUACGCGUUUGGUUUUCACUUAACCAUGAGGAAGUUACGAGGUGGUACUACUAAAGAAACAAAGAAGGAUAAACUGCAAAGGAGGAAAGACAUGCAAGAAAUACCCGACCAAGUCAAAAAGAUUGUUCUUCCCACUCUGGCAGCUGUUGUUGCCGGUUUAGUUUUGGUUUUGUACUUUAUGACUAGACCUGCCACUAUUGCAACAAGCUAAUGCGACUCUCUAACAGUUACUAAAGACAUUCCCACUUGAGUUAUUUUCAUUAUUAUGUGUGAAUGAUUUUGAUGUUUUGUGUAUAGGCUUGUUCCUCACCAUAAUUGCGGUGUACUGACCGCCAAUCAGUGUAAUAUUUUUGCUUUCCUCUUUUCGUGACUUCAUAAUCAAUAUAAUAUGACUUAAUUUAUUCAGUA